AUGUCCAAGUUUUACAAGCCCAUCACCUACGGCGGCAAGGAGGCUGCCGAGUUCCUGAAGGACCACCUCGGGUUCCUGCACGACGGGAGACCCGCGCCGGAGAGCGCCCGAGUAUCGGUCGACGUCGAGUUCGACGCCGUCGAGGACACCAUCGUCGGCUGCAGGCGACACAACCAGGACAACUACGGGCGCGUGCUGGCGUACCUGCACGUGGGAGGCAAGGCGUCCGGCGAGAACCUGUCGUUGGCCAUCGUUCGGGCCGGGUUCUCCCCGUAUCACGUCAAGUACGGAAGGUCGCGCCUGUACCACGCCGACUUUCUCGAGGCGGAAAGAACGGCCAUGGCCGAGGACCGCGGCGUCUGGGGACUCGCCCACGCCGUCGAGGGCUUCUUCUACCCCGGCGACUACACCCGCGACUACUCCCGUCUGCUCCCCUGGUGGUGGAUGCGAGAGGAAAUCGUCCAAGAUUUCCGCAGGUGGGAGGCGGAGGGAGUCGCGCGGCACGUGUUCGUACCGAGGGUUCACAAGGACGAGCUCAUCGCCGCCGCGAACGACCGCAAGACUAUCACCGUUUUCGUGGACUUCCAGCCCAAGAACCCCUACGUCGAUCUCGGGAUCAUGAGGGACGUCGAGUACAUCGCCGCCGGCCAGACGAAGGUUGGCACCGUGAUUUACGCCGGCACGAAGGCGCACCCGUUCAACCUCUGGAUCGAUAACGCCCGCAGCUCCGAGGCUGCGAAGAUCAAGACUCUCAUCGAGCGCAGGUACUCACGCACCGGGCGCAACUACGCGUACGUCCACGGGAAGGCUUUCACCUACCACAAGAAGGGAAUCCCGCAGAUUCAGGUUGACUUUGCCGAUCAGAUCACGGACACGCCAAACAAGGACCCGCUCAAGCUCCACCACAGCGGGGAGGCCUACCACCUGGCGGCUGCGAGCGUGAAAGUGAAGAGGGUCGCCGCGUGA